AUGGGAACUUCCCUCAUGGCAAGUAACACACAGUUAAUUCCUGCUGUCACCGGACUUAAUCCCGACCUAGACAAUGUCACACACUUGGAGGCACAAUCAGACUCAACUGAAGGUUUUGAGGGAUAUCCAGGGAUCUGGAUGACAUCCCUGAAGAUGCAAUACAUUGCCUCAGGCCUCAUGGACACGAUCUAUGAUAACCAACUGGAUGAGGAUGGUGUCCUCCGACGGAGCGCUGGUGCAAAAACCUCACAGGAAGACCUUGAUUUUCAGAAGGUAAUUACUUCAAAAACAGCCUCCUCAGACAAUUGCAUUCCUGUCAAAAAAUGUCUGUCAAUGUCCUACCUUGAUGUUUUGAAGAAGCAUGAAGACACUGGCAACACUAGUCACCGUAGUAGAAGCCUUGAUUCUUUCUCCGUAAUUGGUGUACCUACUUCAACCUCAAAGGUUUCACACGGCACAGAAUUGAAACUGACUCCGUUGCCAAAGGUUGUCUCUGCAUCAUCCUCACUCUAUGCAAUGAGUAACUGUUCAAGCCUGUUGGAGUAUACCUCCAGUGAGUCUGAUAUCCCUAUUGACAAAGAGGCAUAAAGGAUUUAUUCUACAGACGAAGAAUAUGUUUGGUCCAAAUCCCCAGUACCAAUCCUCCUGACCUCCCUCCAAAUCAGUCUUCAAUGUCUCCGGCCUUGUACCUACUCCUCCAGAGGGAGAGCCUAAAGUGAGGCUGCCAUGGUGCCCAAUGCGCCGCCUCUGGAAGGUUCCGAAGCAGCCCCCCAACAAUUUGCACGUUUACAGGAAUCCUCUUAAUUUCCCCACUGAGACUAUGCGAUCGACCAGUCCAUCACCAUCCGAGGAUGACUCCCCAACUCCAGAGGAGGCCCAGAGGCCAAGGUAAGACUGCCUUUCCCAUAGUCCUAAUCUGAAAAGCUGUUUAGCACCUACCCCACUAUUGCUAUUUUACCUGCCUUGAUUCUAAAUGUAUUAUUAUUUUUCUUAACAGAGUUAUCUCAAAGCUCUACUUAUUAAAUAUUAAAAGCGCUAUGCAAAUUCAAUGUUUUAUUUUUAUUUUUAUUAAGAGCGAUCGACCGCUCAGGCGAGGAGUCUGUCUUUGAAACACGAGUGAGAACAGAAAGACUCAUCUGCGCAGAUGUGAACCUGCUCGCCGCAGAGAUAAUGCUGUCUGCUCGUGAGGACGUUAGCUGCACACCUGGCUGCGCUGUCGUCUGA